UCUUUCACCCUCAUUAAAAGGUUCUUUAAUUCCUCCUCACUUUCUGCUAUCAAAGUUGUGUCAUCAGCAUAUCUGAGGUUGUUGAUAUUUCUUCCAGCAAUCUUAAUUCCGGCUUGGGAUUCAAACCUAGCUACCUCCAAAUGUCUUGGACUAACGGCUCCCAUUAGUCCCAGCAAGCUACAAAUGUUACUGCAGCACAGUUGGACAUUAGGGAAUGCUGCUCUGGGCUUCUAUGUCAACCACACUUAAAAGCCUCAUAGUCACCUCAUUCAUGCAUGCCAAAGCAAGGAAGAUCCAUCAACUACUCUGGUGUUCCUACUCUGAAAUGUUCUGGCACUGCACUCUCAUGCAUUGACCGACCCACUUCAAUAUUACUAUAAGUUCCUGUAAAAUAUUGAAUGUUUGCAUAUGUUUCCAUUUUUCUAGGAAUUUUAUAAAGAUGAGGAAUAAUCAUUUUAUAGUUUUUUAUCUUGUGGUUAAUUUGCAAUUGUCUGUAAACAUGAAGGGUUAGGGGGCGCAAAUUACUUGCCUUGCCCUGGGUGCUGACAACCCACGCUACGCCACUGUUGAACUCUAUAAAUGAAUUGAUUCAUUUGGACUUCCAUUUAUAUUGUUGUACUUUAUGUGUUGAUUAUGUGCAAGCGAAAUAUUUGAUAUUGAUACUGUGAUAAAAAAUACAGAAAAGAAUUGUUUAUGUGAAUGUACAGCCAGUUACCUUUUGUGUGUUUGCUGAGCUGAAUGUGUUUUACGUAAUGCUAGGUUUGAUGUUGUUUUGCAAUCUGUCAUGACCCAGCACAGUCCAAUAAAUUAUUUACAAGGAGGAGAAACUAGGGCGACCUCAUUUAGGUUUUGUUUUCUCAGAAAUCACCUGUUUGAGCAGAGCUGUGUGCUGGUCAAGCGUGGGGGAGAGGAAAACUUGGAAACAGGGUGUAAUUUCUGCUCCAAGAUCACCAAAAGCCGCAACUACAUUUGCCUUUCCAAGAUUAAGCAGGAUAAAUACAGUAAAUAAUCAGCAGCAGAGCAUUAUAAAUGCUCUAUUGCUGAGCAGUUCGUGAUUGCACCGGUUUAUUAUUUUUGGAUCAUAUCUCAGAGUCCGAAAGACCCAUAAAUGAUAGGGGCAUUCUGCCAUAGGGAACUUUAUUAAUACCAGCCAUUUCUGAACUCUUACCUCUGAACUCUUUGAUACAGUGUAUCAAAAGAUUUUAAAUUAAAAUUGCCACUGCUGGCACUCAGAGCAUGGGACAAGAAAUUCCUGCUGUAGACGCUUCUCAGAUGACUUUGCAGAUGCUUCCUGCCUGCCCGGUCUGCACUGAGAGGGAGUCGGAGGAUGGGGGUGGCGAAGAGUUCCAGCUCCCAAGGCUGCAGGAAGCUGGAGGACAAGCUGGAAGGCGAGUCUCUCUGCGUGAGGCUAGAAACACUUGAAGUGCGACGACCCGGAGGGAGAGGGAAUAAAAGCGAGCGAGAGAAAGAGAGUUGUACGAAGUUGGAGGAAGAAAAAUGUCAGAGACCAGCAAGCAAAGCCUCCGAAGAGGGAACUGAGCUUUACUGCAUAAAAAUCGGACAGGCAGCAGGAAAGGAGUGCACCGAGAUCCACAAUGGUUGAAGACUUUGAGGUAGCCGUUUCUCAGGGCCAAUUGGCAGAUGCUGUGUCGCACGUGCUGGCAAAACCACUGCACUUUUUCAACAGCACUCCACUCAACGUUGCCGUAGUAGGAGAGCCCGGCUCCGGGAAGUCCUCCUUCAUCAAUGCCAUGUUGGGUCUUCAUGCUGAUGACCCGCGUGCCGCUGCAACCGGCAUACAGAUGACAACAUUGCAAGUCAAGGAUUACCCACACCCGACACUUCCACAAGUGAUCCUUUGGGACCACCCCGGAAAGGGAACGCCAACUUUUGGGAAGGACAAAUUUGAGAAGAAGGUUGAUUUAAAUCACUUUGAUUUCUUCGUUAUCGUCGGCUCCCAGCGCUUCCGUGCCACCCAUUCUGACCUGGUCCAUGAGAUCCAAGAUAUGGCCAAGAAUUUCUACUUUGUGCGCACCAAAGCAGACCUGGACCUGUCGGCCGCCAAGAGGCAACAGCCAUCCAACUACAAUGAAGAGAAGGUCCUCUUGCACAUCCAGGAGGACUGCAAAGAGUGCUUAGUAAGAGAAGGAGUGAGGGACCCACAAGUCUUCAUCGUCUCCAACUGGGAAGCCGACCGCUUUGAUUUCCCCCUCCUGCAGGAAACGCUGAAGAACGAUCUCUUGCGGCUGAAGAGGCAAGCCUUUCUGCACCGCUUCCCUAGCAUCUGUCUGCCUAUCUUAGAGAAAAAGAAAGCCUCUGUGAAGGAAAAGAUUUGGACCAGCAGGCUUUGUUUGCUGGUCGCUCUUGGAAGCCCAGUUCCUUUCCUUCUUCCCAUAUUUCUGUUUAGUAAGUUCCGCUCCUGGUGCUUCCUAGACUUUGGCCUGAACGAUCGAUCCCUUGCAGCUCUGGCCCAGCGUGUUGGAAAGACAAGCACAGCCCUUAAAGCAGCAAUGCAGUCCCUGGGAAUAUUCUCUGCCAUUUUAUGGGUGCUGCCAGACUUGGUGGGACUCUCAGUGAUGGCUUAUGAAUAUCACCGCUGGGAGCAUUUCCCCAUCUUUGGCUGCCUUCUGUCCGGAGGGAUUUCACUUCUUCGCACCUACUUCAUGCUGCAGAAAUGCAUAUCGGGUGCUGCGGAUGACACCCAGAGGGUUCUGUCCAAAGCUCUUGAGGCAGAAGGGAAAAAGUCCAUUUAGCAGCAAACAGCUGCACAGGGGUAGCAGUUUGCGCAAGCUUCUGUGGACUCUCAAGUCAUGUCUUGCAAACCUAGGAUAUUAUGACUAAGUGCUUGAUAGAGCAUCUGGAGAAUUAUACAGGUUUCCAUUUUUAAAACAACCACACCAAAAGACAUUUUAAAAAAUAAUGAUCAGAUGAUCAGGUUUUUUAUUUUAAAAAUUCAAUAAAUAUUAGGAUUCUCAAAAACCCUAAGUGAAAUAAUCCGAAUGCCAGCAUAAUACCCCUUCAGUUCCUUUUUAAAAAUUAGUAUCUCUACGUACAGUAAUGUAUAAGAAUUAAGACCAAUACCAAAAGGAGACUUUGGGACAAAUGGACUUUUUACUAGUCAUAAUUCUUUCAGUCCACUAAUGAAUUGUUCUGUAUCUGAUGUCAGACUAGAAAAAACUAGCGACGUAUUUGAACCUGCUUGCAAGGAUGGUCUCAAAUUAUCAUUUAUGCAGGCUGCAGCAUUCACUGUUUGUGUGUGUGUGUGUGUGUGUGUGUGCGCGCGCGCGCUGCCUUUGCUUUUUUCUUUAGGGACAAGAGUUAGCUCUAUAUCACAAGUACCAUGCAACAUCUAUUUCAGAAUUUUCUUUCCCUCAUACACACUCAAACUGAAGGAGGGCAUCCAGAUAGACAGGAGCCUCCACAUUUGUUAAAUAGAAAGUCGAGGUAAUUUUAAUCUCUUUUAGUAUUUUAACUCUUGCUUAUCUUAAAGCACGGCUGUAAUUGUUUCCUGGUUUUAUUGUUUUAUCUCUUUGCAAACCACUUUGAGGUUUUAUUAGAAUUUAGUGUACAGUAUAAGGUUUCAUGAAAUAAACUAAUUGGUUAAAUGAA